CUUGAUCUGUCUCCUCUCACUCAGCGCACCCGCAGGAGGCUCUGGAUAAAUGCUGCCCAGCGAGCCUGUGCCAUCAGCAGCGGCUGUGCUGGACUCCGUGUGCGCUCCGUGCGCCUCGGCAAGGAGCGGAGCUUUGUGCGCGGGGAACUCCGCCAGCUCCGCGCCCGCUCUGAGCCCUUGACCCGGCUGCGGCUCGUUCCCUGCUGCUGCUCGCCUUUGCUUCCAUGUUUCCAAAUCAGAGCGGAGCACCGGAAAUAAAUUUAAAAGUUCAGAAAGACAAGAACAACAAGUGACAAAACUGUAAGGAUUUUAUGGCAUAGUUUGUUAUUUCCGUCUCUGAGAUCCUUCCCCUGGCACGGGUUAUCAAUUUGCUCUCGCAUGGGAUCUGCGUGACAGGCUCGGCUUUGUGACAUGUUGUAGCUGCUUGGUUUUUUCUCUAGGGCUGAAUCCUAUUCCCGUUGUCAGUCGGGCUGUCGGGAGGAGCUGUUUGUGUCUUUAACGAGGGGAGAUGCGGAGAGAGGAGGAGGGUCCGCGGUGCUGAGGGUGUGGGGACAAAUUGGAGGGUGGGAGGCGCCGAGUGGAUGCUGCUGGGGAUCCUCCGGUGAGGCUGGAGGAUCGAGGGGGACAGGACAGCUGCAGGUCUGGCUGCCCCUUCCCCUCCCUUACCCUUGGCUUUAGGAGACCAGAAACCAUUUGGAUCUGAAGAAGGAAUUGGAGGAAGAUCCUCCUGGAGGACUCCUCAGCCUUCUGUGCGGGCAAACAGCAGGGUCUGACACGGGCCAUGGCAGAGCGGGUGCUGGUGAUCGGCAGCGGGGGCAGGGAGCACGCCCUGGCCUGGAAGUUGGCCCAGUCCCCCCACGUCAAACACGUGUUUGUGGCUCCAGGAAAUGCAGGCACAGCUGACAGUGGAAAAAUCUCCAAUUCAGCUGUAUUAGUGAGCAAUCACACUAUUGUUACCCAGUUCUGCAAAGAUCAUAACAUUGGGCUUGUGUUAGUUGGCCCAGAAGCUCUUUUGGAAGCGGGGAUUGUGGAUGACCUGAGGGCAGCAGGAGUUCGGUGCUUUGGGCCCUGUGCCAGGGCAGCCCAGCUGGCAUCCAACAGCAGCUCCAGCAGAGCCUUCCUGGAGCGGCACGGGCUGCCCACGGCGCGCUGGAGAGCCUUCAGCAGCCCCCAGGAAGCCUGCAGGUUCAUCACCAGCACAGAUUUCCCUGCACGGGUGCUGAGGGCGCGGGGCCCAGCAGCCAGGAAAGAAGUGACCAUUGCAGCCAGCAAGGAGGAGGCCUGCAGAGCUGUCCAGGACAUUAUGCAGGACAGAAUGUUUGGAGAGAUGGUUGUUAUUGAAGAACUGCUUCAAGGGGAAGAACUUUCUGUAUGCUGCGGCGCCGUUAGCGGCAGGGCGGGAUCCCGCGCUGCCUCCCCAGCCCUGCUCCAGAGCAGCGCCAGCGGGGCUGCGGCCAGCGACAGGAACACCCUGCCCAGCCCAGGCUGCCAGCCCAGCCUCCUCGGCAGGCAGGGCAGCGAGCCUUCCAUCCUGCCGCCCCCGGGGAGAGCGGCGCCCGGGCUGGGACAGCCGCGAACGGCUCGGGCGCCUCAGCCCAGCGCAGGUGCCGGCGCUGCCGCAGCGCUCUCCUUUGGUUCGCAGGUUCCCGAGGCUCUUCUAGAGCACAUCAGGGCUGCAAUCCUCCAGCACAUCGUGGACAGCUUGAGGCAGGAAGGAGCAGCCUAUGUAGGUGUGCUGCAAGCAGGUUUGAUGCUGACCAAAGAGGGGGUGAAGAUCUUAAACUUUAAAUGCCAGUUUGGGGAUCCUCAGUGUCAGGCAAUUCUCCCUCUGCUUAAAAAUGAUUUUUAUGAAGUGAUUCAAGCAGCAAUUGAUGGCAAACUCUGCAGCUGCAUGCCAGCCUGGUCAGAGAACAGAACUGCUGUGUGUGUGGUCAUGGCCAGCCCAGGAUACCCAGGAGACUCUGACAAAGGCAUGGAGGUGACAGGGCUUCUGCAAGCCGAGGCCUUGGGGCUGCAGGUGUUCCACGGGGGCACAGCACUGAAGGAUGGCAGGGUGGUGACAAGUGGUGGCAGAGUCCUGUCCAUCACUGCUGUCAGGCAGGACCUGAUGGAAGCCCUGGGAGAAGCCAACAGGGGUGUGGCCACCAUCCACUUCCAGGGGGCCACCUUCAGGAGGGACAUCGGGCACCGGGGCCUGCGGCUGCUCCAGCAGCCCCUAGCCCAGGUGUGCAAGGACAGACGCGUGGGAGCUGGAACCAGGGAGAUUUGGAGCCACCUGCCACAAACAUCAGCUGUGAGAGGCACCAGGGCAGGAGGUCCCUCAGGAGGAGGAUUUGCUGCUUUCUUUGACCUGAAGGCAUCUGGUUACCACGACCCCAUCCUGGUGUCCCAGACCAAGGGCCUGGGACCCAAACUGCAGGUGGCCCAGCUCUGUAAAAGACACGACACCAUCGGGCAGGACCUGGUGGCCCUGUGUGUCAAUGACCUCCUGGCCCAGGGGGCUGAGCCCCUCUUCUUCCUCACUCACUUGGCCUGUGGCAAACUCGAUGCUGAAGUGAUGGAAACAAUCAAGGAAGGAAUAGCUGAGGCUUGCAGGAGUGCAGGGUGUGCUUUCCUGGGUAUGGACCCUCCCCUCCUUGGAGAUUUGAAGGGUCUGAGGUUGAAUUUAUCACCAGAAAAAUGGAUUUGGGAGGUGGAGGCAGAAUGUGGCCCCGGAAUUGUUGGUUUCUGUUUGGUGGAAAAACCAGUUGAGAUUUUGUGCUUCAAUUUUUCCUUGUCUGUAAGAUGGGUCAGCACAGAAAAAUGGGGUUUAGUAUUUGUGCACUUGGAUCCUUGUUCUUCCUUCCUUAUCCCUGAGCAAAGGAGAACAGAACUGGAAGCCUCACAUUCUUCAAUGUUAAUGUUCCCCUGCCCUCUCCCAUACUCAGGGAUGUGCCACGUGAUCUUCUCCUCCUUCUCCUCCUUGUCCGGGGACGCGCUGCUGGGGCUGCGCUCGGCCGCCAUCCAGGGCCGCGGCUGCGGCGCCGCCCGCGGCAUCCUGCUCCGCUCCUCCCGCCGGGACACCGCGCUGGAUGCUUUGCUGACCCCAGGGGAAUUGUUCAGCCCAGCCCUGCUGCCCAUCCUUCGCUCAGGGCACGUGAAGGGCUUUGCCCCCACGGCCGAGGGGCUCCUGGGGGGCGUCUCCCGGCUCCUGCCCGAGCACCUCGGCGCUGUCCUGGAUGCUCUCAGCUGGAAGAUCCCUGAAAUCUUUUGCUGGCUGUACAAGGAGGGGAACCUCUCUGCACAGGAGAUGGCUCAGACCUUCCCCUGUGGGAUUGGGGCUGUCCUGGUGGUGCAGAAGGAGCUGGCCCAGCACGUUCUCCAGGACAUCCAGAGGCAGCAGGAGGCCUGGCUGAUUGGGAAGGUGGUUGCCCCUUGUGACACAGGUUCUCACAUUGAAGUGGAGAAUCUUGCAGAGGCCCUGCAGCUGAGCAGCCCCCAGCAGCUGCUGGAUGACAGCAGUGCUGAGAUCCAGCCCCAGCCUGGGAAGAGGAAGGUGAAGGUGAUUGAUCACAAAUUGUACGGGAGCCGCUCGGAAUUCGACAGCACCAUCGACAGAGUCCUGCAGGAAUUCUCGGUGGAGCUGAUCUGUCUGUCAGGAUUCAUGAGAGUUCUGUCCAGCUCUUUUCUCCGAAAGUGGAAAGGGAAAAUUUUGAAUGCCUCUCCAUCACUUUUUCCACUCAUCAAGGAUGGAAAUGCCCACCAAGAGUCCCCAGAAAGCGAAUUCAAAGUCACAGGCUGCACUGUGCAUUUUGUCCUGGUGAGUGGUCUCAGAACUGGGAAUUAGGAAAAUUUGGAAGUUAGGAAUUUGCUUCUUUUCUUUUCUUUCUGGGGGCAGAAACAGGCAGAGGUAACAGGGAUGUGCAAGAACCUUGGGAUUGUUACCAGUAAAAACCAGGAAGAUUUGGGGUUGCUCGAAGUCCUAUUUUCCUCCCUUGCAUUUGGGGGUGGGUUUUUCCCAACUCUCCUCCUCCCGGAGCGUGCCAGCCCAAAUCUCCUCCCUGAGGGGC